AUAGCAGUGAGCGCAGUGAGCGUUGAGUGAGAACAAUGUCGAUGGCAACUACUAUAUCCCCUUCCUGUCAUCUUCUCCGGCUCCACCACCUCCGCCGCCCUCAUCCUCCGCCGCGGCCGCCGCCCUUGUCGUCCUCCACGCUCCUCUCCCUCUUCUUCAAGCCCCUCUUGGCAACCCCUCCUCCGGCCACAGCAGCAGCAGCAGCAUUUUCAUCUGCAACGGCAGCGACAGUACUCUCCUCCUCUCCUAAGUUAACCCCGCCAACCCCAGCCUCCAAAUCGCUCUUCAUCACCGGUCCCCCCGCCUCUCUCACUGUUCGCCCUCUUCCCCUGCUUCGCCAGUCCAUCUCCUCUGCGGCAUUUCCUCAAACAUCUUCUUCGCAUCGGGAAGCCUCUCAUGACGGAGAAGAGAACGACGACGAAAUUCGCGAUAUUGAUGAUGACGACGAAGAAGAAGAAUCCUAUGAUGAAGAAGAAGAAGAAGAAGAGGAGGAGGAACUGGGAGAAGGAAUUGUUGCCGUGGCGGAAGAGGUGCGGGAACCGGAACCAGAACCGAAGGGGAGCGAGUCCAUCCGGCCAGUUAACGGCAAGAAAGGACCGGGCUUGAGCUUGAACUUGAGUGUGAAGGAGAAGAAGGAGCUCGCUUCUUAUGCCCACAGCUUGGGGAAGAAGCUCAAGUGUCAGUUGGUGGGCAAAUCCGGUGUUACUGAAAAUGUUGCAGCUUCCUUCGUCGAGACCCUCGAAGCCAAUGAGCUUCUCAAGAUCAAGAUACACCGGACUUGUCCUGGAGAGCUGGAUGAGGUGGUGGACAAGCUGCAGGCAGUUACUGGUUCGGUGGUGGUAGGUCAGAUCGGUCGGACAGUGAUCAUAUACAGGCCCAGCCUCACAAAAUUGGAGGCUGAGGAGAAGAAGAAACAGGCCCAGAGUGUUUUCAUGAGGAAACGGAUGAAACCCAGACCUGCACUCGUGAAGAAUGGACAAGCAUCAAGAAUGACUGCCCGAGCUCGUCGUGGGAGCAGCAAGGCGUGAGAUUUCUCAACCCAUGCAUGUGAGAACUUUUUUGUCCCGAAGAACUCGUAUACUUCCAUCCUUGCAUCGAAUCUUGAACUGCCACCGGUUGGAGAUGUACAAUUACGAGUGAAGUAAAUACUGAGCCAUUGGAUGAAGAGGAUGGAUACUAUAUUUCUCUUGUACGUAGUAUUAAGAGUGGUGGUGGUAGUUUGGAGGAAAAACUUAGGGUGCUCCCUUGUAUGUAUCUCCUCCGGCUUGUGAACCUUUGAUCAAUGGAAUCAACAACGACAUCUGCCCUCUUCUCAUUCGA